UCUUUUUAAAUAAAGUUUUUAGAUUUCAAACAACAUGGCGGCGCCCUGUGAAUCACCCCAUGCUGAAUCGUAAAGGAAACACGGAUCUAAACAAACGCUUUCAGGUUGUCGAUCUGCUUUAAAGGCCUCUUAAAGCAACGAUAAUUAAAACGUUUUUGACUUUGUCAUAAUAAUACAGAAAAACCAACCGUGUUUUGAACGCAUCUGUAUUAAAAUUGACAGAGGCAUGGCGACCCCAAGAAAGUUGGCCAAGAAGGAGGCCAAGAAGCAGACCCCAGUCAAGACCUCCUUCACGUCACCCUUCACCCAGCAGUGGAGUCCUCUCCCCCAAGAGGACAUGCAUUUCAUCCUGAAAACUGUGACGGACAAACUGAUCUCCGCUGGCCUUGAAAAGAAAGAGGUGAAAGUGUUUCGGCCGUGGCGGAAGAAGAAGGAGCAGAAAGCUGCCGCGGCGCCGGAGCCCGAUCUGCAGGCGAGCCAGGACGCACAAGAGCAAGAUCCUGUCAGAAACGGCUGGACCAACGCCGUCGCCAGACGGCAGCUGGCCAUCGGCAUCAACGAGGUCACCAAGGCUCUGGAGAGGAACCAGCUGAAGCUGGCGCUCGUGUGCAAGUCUGUCAAGCCGACACACAUGACCAGCCACCUGAUAACUCUGAGUGUGACGCGGGGCGUGCCGGCCUGCCAGGUGCCCCGUCUGAGCCAGAGCGUGUCGGAGCCGCUGGGCCUGAAGAGCGUCCUCGCCCUGGGAUUCAGACAGUGUCCCCCCACGGAGGACGAGGUGUUCACUGACGCCGUCGAUGCCAUCAGGCCCCGAGUGCCUCCGCUACAUGUGGCGUGGCUGCAAGGCGCGGCAGCUGAAGUGAAGCCUGGAAAUGUGGUUGAAGGGGAGGAGAAGGAGGAAGGGGGUGAAACAAGAGGACAGAAACGUAAAGUGGAGAGUGGAUCUGACGAAGUGUCGAAGUCUCCACUCCCCUGCACUCUGCAGCCGCUCAAAGUGAAGAGAAUUGUUGCUAAUCCUGCUAAGAAAAGAAAAGUCAAGCCCAAGAAAUAGACAAACUCUAAAGGACCACAACUGUUUUUUUCAUUUUUACUUUCGAUGUAACUGAAUUAGAAUGAGGCUGUUUUUGCGACGUGUCAGUUUACACAGAACGUCAUGUAUGCCUGUCACAUUAUUUUCAUUGAAAGAGUUCUUGAGACAUAAAGUCUGACAAUUACAUAAAUUUAGAAAUGCAGAAAAAAAAGGGUAAUUUUAACUUUUUUUUUUUAAAUACUGACAUAUGUAUAUGUAAGUUGUCCAAAAAUAUUUUCAUUUCACAACAGUAUAUAAGACCAUAAUCCUGGAGUGUUCAAUAAGUGUGGUUUGAUGAGGUCGUUCAAUAAUUAGUUCACAGAUCUCAGUCUCAAUGUGUUACAG